AUGAGUCGCGGGACUAGUGCCGGCUAUGACCGGCAUAUAACCGUGUUUUCACCUGAAGGACGGCUGUUCCAAGUAGAAUACGCCUUCAAGGCGGUGAAGCUACCGGGCACAACGGCGGUUGCAGUUCGGGGCACGCAGUGUGUGUGUGUGGCAGUUCAGCGGAAGCUGCCGGAUCGUCUUGUGGAGCCGGACUCGGUGUCGAGCGCUGCGCGAAUAUCGGAGCAGCACGGUGUGGUGUUUGCUGGCCUGGCUACAGACGGAAGAGCGCAGGUUCAACGACUUCGUGCGGAGGCCUCGGAGUUUCGCUACGAGAACGGCUACGAGGCGCCCGUGUCGUAUCUGGCGACGCGGCUUGCGGACAUCAACCAGGUGUACACACAGCACGCGUAUAUGCGCCCGCUUGGGGUGACGCUGCUCUUCCUGGGCUGGGAUGAUCACGAGGGCGGCUACAGUGGACCACGUCUCUAUAAGGUUGAUCCAGCCGGCUACUGCAUCGGAUACCGCGCAUGUGCCGCCGGGGCGAAAGAUGUUGAGGCCCAGAAUUGGCUGGAGAAACGGUUGCGAGAGAAACAAGAAGAGCUCAGUGAAGAGCAGCGCGAUCGGCUUGCCGUAUCAGGAGCUGCGGUGCAGGCAGGAUACGGUGCACCACUCUGCGACAUACCGCUCUCGGACGACGAGACGCUGGAGCUUGCGAUCGGCGCACUUCAGUCCGUCACGAGCGCCGAGCUCAAGCCCUCCGACCUGGAAAUUGCCAUCGUGACCAAAGAGAAGAAGCGCUUCCGGGUCCUGACCGAGCAGGAAGUGGAUGGAGUGCUUCAUCGCCUAUCAGAACGCGACUGA